CAUUGAAGAGCUCCAAUAUGGCUACGCUAGUGGAGGGCGAAAAAUAUGGGCUGUCUUCCACUUCAGCAAAUUACGAACUUAAGAGCGUAGUCCAUGUUAAAUUAACUGAUUCGGCAUUAAAGACAAUAGAAGAUUUACUUAAAUGCAAGGACAAGUCCAAGAAACCUUCAAUUUCCUUUAAUGGCAACCAAGGGGUCAUCAACCUCCCAGCUCGAGACUCCAACCACUCCAAGGCAUUCCAGUUUACAGUGUCCAGUCUUGGGGACACGAAUGGUCUGGACUGUGUCCAGCAGACAGAUUCCAAAAAUGGUAAACAGCUUGUCAACAUGGGCACAAUGUCCACCAAACUUGCAGUCCAUGCGACAUCGGACGUUUUCAGAAUGACGAAAGAAACCAUGAAAACGGCGCAAGAAGAGUGGACAAAAGUUAGGACACAGGAAAUCAAGCCUAGUGGUAGAAACAUAGGCCGAAAAAUCAAGCGAGUAAAACGUGAAUCCGAACUUAAAAAUCCCAUCCCUCCCACACGCCAAGAGAAGGAAAGAGAAUUUGAUCUCAAGAAUCGAAUUCAGGAGGCAAAGCGUGAUGCAGACAUUCGACUGAUGAUGCAACAACACAGUGUCAAUAAUUCUAAAGUGAACCCCAUUCAGUCCAGUGCAAUAAAAACAAACAAAACAACGGCCGUGGUCUCCCCAUUUACCAACAACUCAUCAUCACGUAAAAUCAGUCCUUCACAGUCACCUCACGAAGUCUCCUCGACAACAGGCGGAGCACCCUCCCCCUCCUACCCCUCCAGUCAGCCCGUGAAAACCACAAAAUCUGCUGUUAUGGCUGCACCCCUUAGAGAAAGAAUUGUCCAUCUCCUCGCUCUUCGGUCCUAUAAAAAGCCGGAGUUGUAUCUACGUCUGGUGAAAGAUGGUUUGAAUGAUGCUGACAGAAAGGAAUACAAUACGUUUAAUUUAGAGGAGUUGGCUGUUCUGAAUCAGAAGGAUCUCCGUUACAAUUUGUCUAAACAUGUGUUCUCCGAGGUCAAGAUUGACUGGCCUUACUAUACUGACCAAGAGAGAGAACUGGUCAAAAAGAAACUACAGAGUUUGUCUCCAGUGUCUUCCCCUGCUACAAGUCACCCAUCCCCCAAAGCCAGCCCCACAAGUAGUACACAGGUAAUGAACUGUUACCCCAACCAUCCCCCCAAUCCAGCCCCACAAGUAUUAUACGAUAAUGAACUUUCACCCCAACCAUCCCCCAAAGCCAGCCCCACAAGUAGUACACAGAAAAGACCUUGUGAACUACCAGAACAAAAUCAGCCCUCGAAGAAACAGAGGAUAUCUCACUACCGCAAAGAAAAUCGACCAGCAUUGACGGAAACUGCGGAAAAUCGAGAAUCCACAGUGAAUGGUCGCAGCCACAAAAAGGAGAACAUAGAUGAUUUUAUUGACGAAGCAUCUUCCACCUCAGAGACUCCCGACUACUUCCUUAAAUACAUAGCAAUAUCCAGCGGACCCCAGCGAGCCAAAUACAAGCAGGACUUUAACACAGAGUACCAGGAAUACAGAGACUUGCACGACAAUGUCGAAAAGGUCACCAGGAAGUUUACCGAGCUUGAGACAUUAAUGAGACAAACUCAACCAGGAACUGAAGAGUUUGAGAAUCUGAAGAACCGAAUACGUCAGGAAUAUAAAUACCAAAAGGAUGACCACAAAUACAUGGAGCAGAAGAAGCGAUUCGAGUACCUCCACAAAAAACUGGGUCACAUAAAACGCCUCAUCUUGGAGUACGACAACAGCCAAGUGACAGUGUCAUAGCCCUGGAGUUGAGCAGAGUUGUGUCCCCUGCUGUAGUGGACCUGGUCAUGCCUGCUGUCGGACUGUGAUUCUUUGAAUAGCCUUAUAAAGGUCUCCAACUUGUCCUCCAAAGAUCACCGCCAUUGAUCGAGGGGAGUCUGCCAUCUUACUUCUUCUUUAUUUUGUGUGUAUGUUUGGUGAGUCACGAGGUGGCGAAAUUUUAUUUGUUUUUAUGAUGGCCGUGGUUGUAUGUUUACGAAUGUGAUAUUCAUGAACUUCAUGUACAUAUUUGAAAUAGUACAAAUUUAAGUUUGCAGGCUUUCAGCCAGGAUAGAGAGCAAUGUUGUGUGAUCGUUGACUUUUUUAUUUACGUAAGAUGAUGGCAUGCCACUGUAUUUAUGGGGCAUUACACGAUUUUUCAAUGGCCAACAAAAUUAUUCUUUAAUCUAACAAUUUCACGCACCGUUCUUGAUAUUGACCAGGCCCUCUGUAGGUGGGGACAUUUUUCUGCUACAUAACUCUAGUUUUUUUUGUGAUUUGCCCAAAUGAUGUAUUCAUAAUGAUGACCUGAAUGCCCAUGGAUCUGAACUAGAAACUGAUAAAAACUGUCGCAAAUGCAUCCCUGAUUUUCCAUGAAGACUAGUCCAGGCUAGCUUGGCUUACUGACUGUUAUUGUAAGACUAGUCCAGGCUAGCUUGGCUUACUGUAAGACAAACCAUGUAGAGUCAUGUUAUGGUAGAUCUGUGUGACGGCGUGUUGUACAUCUCCAUUGACAGAUUCUUUUUAAAAUAACAUCCAAAUCUCGCAUUGAGAAACUGAUUAAUGCCUGCAUAAUUGGAUCACUUGUAAAGUGGUUCCAAAUGAAUUUUGUAUAUAUAGAUGGUGUUUAUCUGAUUUUUUUGUUUUGUUCAUGUUUCUCUUUGUUAACAUUUGGUGUCUGGAUGAGAGUGCUGUAUUUGAGAUCAGCAUCAUUUCAGCAUUAAGUGCCUUAUAUUCCCCCCCCCCCCCCCCCUCCCUCCCUUCCGUCGUACAACAGCAAGGUUUUAUCACUCUUGUUACACAAAUAUGGCAUUAACAUGUUUUGGUCCUCCUUUUAUUAUUUAUUUUAUUUAUUUGGACGAAAUAUCUCGUUUGAAAUUGAUGUGGAUCUUCGAUUCCUGGCAAUUUCAUUCCUUUAGCAAGAACACAUAUGACCACAAUUUGAUCUGCUCCUCUUUGUAUGCAGUCAUGAUUUGUUUGUUUUUUUAAAUAAAAGUUGACACAAAGAGGGUCAAUAUUUCUCCGCUAAAAAACUAAGAUGUUGAUCUCAUCUCAAUAACGGAAUGGGCACUGUACUCAAAGGGAGGUAAUGCUGACUAAUUUUUCCUUUGAAAGCAGUUUAUGAGUUGAUGUUUACCUGCAGAUUGUUGGGUACACAGAUAGAUUUUCAAUUGUUUGUAUAAAACAAAUGCACCAUUUUUUUUAAUUUCUAAAUUUGCUUGUAUGAAUGACAGAUACACCAUCUUUCCAUAAAAUUACAAAAAAAUAGAAAAAUAAAAUAAAUAAGUAAAUAAAAAAAAAUACCCUCCCACAUAUAUAUAUAUGUAUAUAAUGUGUAUGUGGUUAAAAAUAGUAAAAAAAAGAAGGAUGGUGUGUCGCUGCAAAGGUCAUGAAACAGGACAUACCUUAUCAUGUGAUCUUGUGUUGAUCAAAUUCUACUUGCUCAUACGCAGUGAGGAAUUGCAAUAAGUAAAUAUACCAGCAUCAUGAAAUGAUCCUGUUUUAUGGGGAAACAAAGUUUGAAUGUGAGAUUUUUACAAGUUGUGAUGCAAAUCAAUGUAGUAAAGUGCAUGUCUGAAAAUUUACCAAUCAAAUUUGAUUUUUGUAGAAUAAGAGGUUGUACGAGAUGUAUCAUGUUAGAGCUCAAGUUGUUGGACCAAAGACCAGAGACUGAGAAAGAUUUUCAUAACAUGGCCCCUUUCUGCCAAAUACAUUGAUACAAAUGGGAUUUUGUUUGAAAGAGAAUUAUAAGUUCAUUGUGAAACCUAUUCUUGUGAAGUCAUGCUUGCUAGACAUACAUUGUAGGUAUAUUUGUAGCAGUUAAUAAGUAAGAAUAAGAUAGAACAGUCAUUACAAAAAAAAAUCAGAUGCAAAUCGUCCAAUGUCUGCAGUUGUCCUUUGAUAGGGUGCAAGGUCUUGAAGUUUUCAUGGAAAUGCGAUGGAGAUACGACAGUUUUUUCCCUAUUUAUUUGUUUGUGAUGUGUGCGUGAAUGUGUGUGAGUGAUUCGUUGAAGCUUUCUAUAAUCCGAGUGUUUGCCAGUCUCCCAGCGUCCACGCCAGCUCUCUGUGAUUUCUUUUUGGUGAUAUUUGACCUCUCCUACUUCCAUUGCGAUGCUUACAUUUAUGUGACCUUUGACUUAUGACAUGACUGUUUUAAUGUCGCUUCUUGAUGACAUAAGCAUGGUGAUUUGUUAUUAUGGGGGAGUAUUGAAACCAAUAUUGGACACCUACAAGUCUACUGCUUAGCAAAAGAUUUAGGGACAUCGUCAUGGUGCGAUUAUAUACCAGAAGUAAUAAGUUUAUAAUUGUAACAACAAAAACUUCAUAAUAACAAUGAAAUAAAAUAAACAUUUCUUUCUUGUCUUGUAAUGAAAUUCGGUAUGAUCUGAAAAAUAUAGAAGAGAUGUGAAAAGCCAUAUGAACCACCAGGGUGUUGGAAUAGUGAUAAAGGAAGAGUGCUAGAUGACAAAGAAUGGGCCAUUUUGACACAAAUGCAACUAUGGCUCUUGCCACAUUCAGGUCUACUGAAUGAUAUGGCAUAAUGUCUUUUUAUUUUGCUCAACAGACACGAAUUAUCAAUUUUUUGUUUUAUUAUAUACUGGUUGUUUAUGAUUUAGUAAAUAUUUCAAUAGUCCAAUAAUGAAAAUUUGUCCAUGUACAAUUUCUUAUUUUCAAAAAAAAAACCUUGAGUACACAAGCAUUAUACAGGAGGACUUUGCAUGCUGUUAAACAUGUUUGCAGAUUUUUUGUUUACCUGUAUCAUCACAUUCCACAUGUUUAUGAAGUCUGGACAAGCAUUCCAAAGUUUUUGAACCAGUGCACACCAGCCGAUAGUUAGCUCUACUGUAGUCCAGCUUCACAAGGAAACUUGUCUGAAAUAGGGAAAUUCAUAUAUGUGUGUUUCAUUUUUUAAGUUUUUUAGGAAGUUUAACUGAAUUGCAAUAACUCAUGUAAAUGCUGAGAAUAUAGAUAUGUAUAUCUAAGUAAUGAAUGAUGAACUGUAUACAAGGGAGGUCACUCCCUCCGUUUUAUUAUUAUCAGUCUGUAGGUGGAGCUGUUGAUGCUGAAGUUGGCAUGUGUUGUAUAUUGUGUGUCGCAUGGUAAACUGAACAUGUCACACAUGAAUUACUAUAUAUACAUGGUGCACAUGGCUAAAUGUUAUACAAGAUAUCAUGUGAUGCACAUGGCAUGGUAAAUGUUAUCUUUAAUAAACAAAUGCAUUGAAAAAAAAA